AUGAACUCGCUGUUUGGAAGACUGAACAAAGCAUUGAAGCUGGAGUUCAAGAAGACAUUUCAGUCUGGAUCCAUUAGCGAUGUCUUUGGCUUCCUUAACGAGUACAUGAGGUUUGUCGAAGAUGACAACGAUUCCUAUAGACACUUGUUUUCGGUUGGCGAAGACCCUCUGGCAGCUCAGGAAGAGAACCAGGAUGCCAUGAAGGAGUUCAACAAGAAAUGCCUCGAGUUCCUUUCCAAGACAAUAAGCAGCAGUGAGAAGUCACAUCCUUACGACUCCACGCUGUCAGAAGCACAGACAUACAUGGGGCUUGGAUAUGAGUUUGGGCUGUUUGGGCUUCGCAAGGAUGGAAGGAUGGCAAUAGGCUACUACUCUUCUGCAGCCAGGCAGAAUCAUCCGGUGGGGACAUUUAGGAUGGGCCAGUGCCUUGAAAAGGGCAUUGGAAAGCCCAGGAACCACAGGCACGCCCUGGACUUCUACAGAUGCUCUGCCAAACUAGGAUUUGUCGUCGGGAUGCAUGCAUAUGGGUCCAUCCUUAUCAAUGGAGACAUAGGGAGCAAGAAGGAUCUGCAAAGCGGGCUGUUCUACCUGAAGCUUGCUGCAAGGAAGGCCAGCAAGGAGUACCCAUAUCCAUACUACGACCUGGCACAGACUUAUGAGUCCAGCACGGCACCUAGCGAAAUCCAGCCAGACGACGAGUACGCAUUUAGAAUGUAUUUGAGGGGGGCGGAGCUCGACUGCCCAAACUGCCAGUACAGGGUGGCAAGAUGCUACGAGCUUGGAGAGCUGAUGCAAGACAAGAACCUUCCGGUUGCAGUCGAGUGGUACAGAAGAGCAUCUCUCCUUGGGCAGAUAGAUGCCCAGAUGAUAUACUCCAGAAUCCUGUUUACAGGAGUUGAGGAAGCCGUGCAGCCGAAUCUGAAGGAAUCGUUUUUCUGGGCGCUGAAGGCUGCAGUAAGAGGCCACUCGCAGGCUGCAUUCUCAGUGGCCGAAUUCAUUGAAACCGGGUGUGGAACGUCGAAAAACACGUUUUUGGCGCUCUGGUGGUACACGAUUUCCUACGAAUCCGGAAACACACAGGCAAAGUCAAGGCUCAUGAUACUCCAGAACCAGAUCGACAUGAGGAAUGAGGGAACUAAAGAGCCAAGGUGCUGUGGAUGCUUCUGA